AUUUGCGCUCGCUCCCUCUACGUCACUGGACUGGAUUCUUAAAAUUGAAUUUCGGGAAGCUUAAUGUACGGACGCAGGUUUUUCCUGGACAAAAGUUUAAUGUAGGAUAGCCAGGGCCGGAUGUAGGAGACCGUGGACCGCUGGGCUGCAGCCAGAUUUGGUUCCCACCCCACAGAAGCUCCGUUUUUGUAAUCCCGGAGACGGUAAAAGUCCAAAGAUGGACUGGUUCCACUGCAACCAGUGCUUCAAGAAAAGCGGGUCGAAGUUCGCUGUGUCGAGCUGUGGCCACAUCUCCUGCGAAGCUUGCGUUAAAUCAAAGCAGUGCAGUACAUGUGGGGUGGCCUGCAGUUAUCUGCCCAUCACCGAUCAGAUGAAGCCACAGGAAAAGGUGUUUUUCAUGGACCCUGGAAAGCUCAUCCAGGCGAGGAUGGAAAACAUAGCGCAGAUUGCCAUUUUCCAGCAGAAGCAGAAGGAGAGAGUCACGGUUCACUUUAAGAACAAAUCCAGUGAACUGGAGAGGCGUCUGGAAGAGGUUUCUGAGCAGGGUUACAGACAACUGUCAGAGCUGAGAAGAGAGAACGGUGAGCUGAAGAAGCAGCUGUCGGAGCUGAGAAGAGAGAACGGAGAGAUGAAGAAGCAGCUGUUGGAGCUGCAAAGAGAAACUGCCGAACUGAAAAAGCCACUCUCUCAAAGGAGGGUUUCUCCCGGACAGUUCCAAACUACUGGCGCUCAGAGGGUUUCGCUCCCAGUUGGCGUUACCUCACCAGUUACUCCUCGGUCAAGAGCAGCGAGUCAUGUCGGCUCCGGAGAGUCUCAGAGGUGGACCAGGGAUAGAGGCAUUUCUCUCACUACUCCUGGAUCCAUUGCUUCCAUCUCCAGCCACAGCUCUCUUCACGAAUUCAGAACGUCACCAUCUUUUGGCACUCCUACAAGAACCCAGACUCCUGGUUUCCAGUUCCCAUUUAUGAAUGGAAUCUCACUUCACUCACCCAGACAGUGAAUAACUCACCGCUCUUGCUGGGAAUGCCUUUGUGCAUGACACCCACUAGUUGAUUUAUUUACGUGAGCCUGAACAACAUUAGCAUUUUACAACCUUAAGUCUUUGUAAAGGAAGGGGUAUUCCCCAAUGUUGAAACACCUUGCCGUAUUGUUCACCUGGAUUAAAACCUCUAUGUAAACUUUG